UGUGUGGUGUGGUGAGGGGGAGGAGGGCCGUGUGUGUAGGCCUACCACACUCUGUUGGGAUACUCUGCUCUACUGUACUCGGCUGUAACCCUAGGGCGACACCGCAGCUGGAUAAAAAACAGCAGCGACAGUUGGCUGGCGGUUGGUGUGUGAAAUUGUCUGGAAUAGCCCAGUCAGGCCAAGCCACGCGCAGCUACCUGUAGCCCGCCUGCCCAGUCCAGCCCUGUCGCGCGAUGUUACCUGAUGUGCGCCGCAGUCUCGUGGAGGAGAAACGGGGUCCCGAGCCCACCGUCCGCUGCAUGCUGGUGGGAGACGGAGCCGUGGGCAAGACUAGUAUGAUCAUCAGCUACAUCGCCAACGGGUACCCGGAUGAGUACCGACAGACAGCCUUCGACGUGUUCACCGGAUCGGUAACGGUGGACGGAAUACCAGUGCGGAUUCAGCUCAUGGACACGGCGGGACAGGAGGACUACGACGCGUUCCGGUCGCUAUGCUACGAGCAUGCGGACGUCUUCCUUCUCUGCUUCAGCGUGGUCUGCCCGACGUCCUUCCACAACGUCACGUCCAAGUGGAUCCCGGAGCUGCGCGCCCAGCGGCCCUCGCUACCCAUCAUCCUCGUGGGCACGCAGGCCGACCGCCGCCACGACGUCAACGUGCUGAUCGCGCUGGACCAGCUGAGACUCUCGGGCCCCGUGGGCGCCGCCGAGGGGCGGGACUUAGCAGAUCGGAUCGGGGCGCUGGACUACGUGGAGUGUUCGGCCCUGACGCAGGAGAACCUGAAGGAGGCCUUCGACGCCGCCAUCUUCGCCGCCAUCAAGCACAAGGCCCGUCGACGCUCUGGGGCCCCGGGCAAACGCGGACUAGUGGGCCGCGCCAAGCGGAUCUCUAGCGGGGCCUGGAAGAAGCUCUUCUGCUUCGUUUAGGACGCCACGCGGGAGUGUGUGUGUGUUAAUGUGUAAGUGUGU